AUGGCCGAAGACCAACAUCUCAAAAAAAGCCAUAUGGCCAUCGUCCUAGGCAUCGGGCUUGGGGUGGUGCUACUUAUCGUGCUGAGUCUAAUCUUGACGAUUGUCAUCAACCGCCGGGAUCGGCGGUCAUUUCUACGCUCGAAGAAAGAUCCCGAUGAGCGCUUGCGGAGUUUGGAUGCUGUUGCUCCGAUUUGCACGCUUGAGAAGUGGUGGACUACCACGAAAGGGAGUCUCGGGCUUUCGGAGGCUGUUGAUGGACAGUUUGUUUGUGCUGUCUGCUUGGAGCAAGUAGAUCGUGCGCAUGAAAUUCGCCAACUGCGCUGCUUGCAUGUUUUUCACCGGGAGUGUCUGGAGAAGUGGUUUUUAGGUGACCACUUCAAUUGUCCGCUGUGUCAUCGAGCAUAUUAUGCGUCGAACACACCUCCCCGCAACGAUUAUAUAUGGAUGGUAUGACUCGGGUCCAGUCGUUAGAGAGAGAAUAUGAU